UCUUCACCAACAUUGUCCUGCCAUAUGUGGCAGGCACAACGAGUGGCAGAGCUGUGAAACCAACACUUUCUCAUUUCUCUCAAAGGUUUUGCCUUUAAUUCCUUGGGAGGAUGGCAGAAGGUGCAGAUGGAGAGGAAGAGAUUCAGUUUCUGCGUACAGAUGACCAUGUAGUGCUGCAGUGCACUGCAUCUAUUCUUAAGGAACAGAUCAAGCUGUGCCUGUCAUGUGAAGGUUUUGGAAAUCGUCUGUGCUUUCUCGAGACCACAUCGAAUGCUCAGAAUGUCCCUCCAGACCUCGCCAUCUGCUGCUUCAUUUUGGAGCAAUCCCUGUCUGUGCGAGCAUUACAGGAGAUGUUGUCCAACUCCUCUGUGGAUGAGGCAGUCGAUUUGGACAAAUGGUCGUCACAAGGUGGGGGUCAUCGAACCCUCCUGUAUGGUCAUGCCAUCCUGCUGAAACACACCCACUCCAGCAUGUACUUGAGCUGUUUGACUACGUCGCGCUCACUGACAGACAAACUGGCUUUUGAUGUGGGCUUGCAGGAAGACUCCACAGGAGAGGCCUGCUGGUGGACCAUCCAUCCAGCCUCUAAGCAAAGGUCUGAAGGAGAGAAGGUCAGAGUGGGAGAUGACCUCAUUCUUGUCAGUGUUUCUUCAGAGCGAUACCUGCACCUGUCCUAUGCCAGUGGUGAUUUAAUGGUAGAUGCUUCCUUCAUGCAAACUCUGUGGACCAUGACCCCUGUAAUGUCUGGAUGUGAACUAGCUGAAGGUUUUCUGACUGGAGGAUAUGUGCUCCGGCUGUUCCAUGGUCACAUGGACGAGUGUUUGGCAAUCCCAGCAGCUGACCAAGGGGACGACCGGCACAGAGUUGCUCACUAUGAAGGAGGGCCAGUAUGCAGUCAUGCUCGAUCCUUAUGGAGACUUGAGCCACUACGUAUUGCUUGGAGUGGAGGCCACAUUAAGUGGGGCCAGUCUUUCCGGAUACGUCACAUAACAACAGGCCGAUACCUUUGUCUGGAUGAGGAGAAAGGACUUCUCUUGGUGGACCCAGAGAAGGCAAAUUCCAAGAUGUCAGCUUUCUGCUUCAGGAUUUCAAAGGAAAAAAUUGAAGUGACCCAGAAACGAGAUGUGGAGGGCAUGGGCAUACCUGAGAUCAAGUAUGGAGAGUCCAUGUGCUUUGUACAGCAUGUUUCAUCUGGCCUGUGGCUUACAUAUGCUGCUGUUGAUGCCAAAUCUGCACGUCUAGGUCCUCUGAAGCGAAAGGCCAUACUCCACAAAGAAGGUCACAUGGAUGAUGCCCUCACGGUUGCUCGAUCUCAGACUGAAGAGUCUCAAGCUGCCAGGAUGAUUUACAGCACAACAGGCCUCUUCAACCAGUUCAUCAAAGGACUUGAUGCUCUAAGUGGAAAAAAUAAAUCUGCCAAUGCCCCGUCUCUGCCUAUGGACACAGUGGUGCUCUCGUUGCAGGAUCUCAUUUUCUACUUCCGACCCCCUGAAGAGGAACUGGAGCACGAGGACAAGCAGUUCAAGCUCCGCUCCUUAAAAAACAGACAGAACCUUUUUCAGGAAGAGGGAAUGAUUACGCUUGUUCUGGACUGCGUUGAUCGCCUCAAUGUGUACAACACAGCAGCCCAUUUCUCAGAGUAUGCUGGGGAAGAAGCUGCUGAGUCAUGGAAAGAGAUUGUGAACUUACUGUAUGAAUUGCUAGCUUCUUUGAUCAGAGGUAACCGUGCCAACUGCGCCCUCUUCUGCGACAACCUUGACUGGCUGGUCAGUAAACUGGAUCGUUUGGAAGCAUCUUCAGGAAUCCUGGAGGUUUUAUAUUGCGUCCUGAUUGAGAGUCCGGAGGUUUUGAAUAUUAUUCAAGAGAAUCACAUCAAAUCAAUCAUCUCUCUACUGGAUAAGCAUGGACGCAAUCACAAGGUCUUGGAUGUGCUUUGUUCCCUCUGUGUGUGUAAUGGGGUCGCUGUAAGGUCAAAUCAGAAUCUCAUCACAGAGAAUCUGUUACCAGGACGUGACCUUCUACUUCAAACUAACAUCAUCAACUAUGUAACCAGCAUGAGACCCAAUGUUUUCCUUGGAACUUGCGAAGGAUCCACUCAGUAUAAGAAGUGGUAUUUUGAGGUGAUGGUGGACCACGUAGAGCCGUUUCUCACAGCUCAGCCAUAUCAUCUCCGUGUAGGUUGGGCUCUGACAGAGGGUUACAGUCCUUAUCCUGGCGGAGGAGAAGGCUGGGGGGGUAACGGGGUUGGAGAUGAUCUCUACUCUUAUGGUUUUGACGGGCUUCACCUCUGGUCAGGACGUGUUCCACGUCAUGUCGCCACAACAAAUCAGCACCUCCUGGCAGCAGAGGAUGUGGUCAGCUGCUGCUUGGAUCUGAGCGUGCCCAGUAUUUCCUUUCGUAUAAAUGGCCAUCCUGUUCAGGGAAUGUUUGAGAACUUCAACCUAGAUGGACUGUUCUUUCCAGUUGUGAGCUUCUCUGCAGGCAUAAGACUGCGAUUUCUUCUUGGAGGUCGUCAUGGGCAUUUCAAGUUUCUCCCACCUCCAGGCUACGCUCCGUGCUAUGAAGCAGUGCUACCCAGGGACCGUUUGCGGAUCGAGCCCAUCAAAGAGUAUAAGCAGGAUUUUGAUGGCGUCCGGAAUCUGCUGGGUCCAACUCAGUCCCUUUCACAUACAGCCUUCACACCUUGUCCAGUAGACACUAUACAGAUUGUGCUUCCACCUCAUUUGGAGCGCAUUCGAGAAAAGCUCGCAGAAAAUAGCCAUGAGUUAUGGGCUGUUACCCGCAUUGAACAAGGGUGGACGUAUGGACCAUUUCGUGACGAUAACAAGAAGCUGCACCCCUGCCUGGUAGAUUUCCAGAGUCUGCCUGAACCUGAGAAGAACUAUAAUUUAGCAAUGUCUGGAGAGACACUGAAGACUCUGUUGGCACUAGGCUGUCAUGUAGGAAUGGGAGAUGAGAAAGCAGAAGAGAAUCUCAAAAGGACCAAACUCCCUAAAACGUACAUGCAGAGUAACGGAUACAAGCCGGCCCCUUUGGACCUUAACCAUGUCAAGCUGACUCCUAAUCAAAACACUCUAGUGGAGAGACUGGCAGAAAAUGGACACAAUGUUUGGGCAAGAGACCGAGUCCGCCAGGGAUGGACAUACAGUAUUGUCCAGGACAUUAUGAACAAGCGCAAUCCUCGUCUGGUUCCUUAUAACCUCCUGGAUGAAAAGACAAAAAAGACCAACAGAGACACGGUUUGUGCUGCUGUUCGCACUCUGAUUGGUUACGGUUACAACAUAGAACCACCUGAUCAGGAGAGCAGUGGACAUGGACCAGGCAGCUCCCGUGGAGAUAAAAUCAGAGUGUUCAGAGCAGAGAAAUCUUACGCUGUUACACAGGGGAAGUGGUACUUUGAGUUUGAAGCUGUGACAGUUGGAGAGAUGAGAGUGGGCUGGUCCAGGCCCAAUGUUCGUGCAGACACUGAACUUGGUGCAGAUGAGUUGGCGUAUGUCUUCAAUGGCUUUAAGGCCCAACGCUGGCACAUAGGAAAUGAGCCAUUUGGCCGUCAGUGGCAAUCUGGUGAUGUGGUGGGUUGUAUGAUUGACCUCACUGAGAUGAACAUCAUGUUCACACUCAAUGGAGAAAUGCUGAUCAGUGAUUCAGGCUCAGAGAUGGCUUUUAAGGAUAUUGAGAUAGGAGAAGGCUUCAUACCUGUGUGCAGUCUGGGCCUGUCUCAGGUUGGCAGGAUCAACCUGGGUCAGAACGUCAGCAGUCUUCGAUACUUUACCAUCUGUGGCCUACAGGAAGGGUUUGAACCAUUUGCUAUCAACAUGAAAAGAGACAUUACCAUGUGGUUCAGCAAGAGCCUUCCCCAGUUUAUUCCUGUCCCAGCUGAUCAUCCUCACAUUGAGGUGUCACGCGUUGAUGGGACAGUUGAUACCCCCCCUUGUAUUAAAGCGACCCACAAGACAUUUGGAUCUCAGAAUGCCAACACAGAUCUGCUCUUCUUCAGACUCAGCAUGCCAGUUGAGUUUCAUGAGACUUUUAAAAUCCCAGCAGGGACCACUCUUCUUACUCGCACUUUGACCAUCCCUGAGGAUGAAGUGUUGGAGGUGGAUCCAGGCUCUGAUUUUGAAAUACUCAAAAAGUCUGCUACUCGCAAGGAGCAGGAGGAAGAGAAGAAGGAAACCUCAGUUCCUAAAGAGACGCCUGCUAUCAAAAAUGGAGAAAACGAGAAGGAUGCCUCCACUGAGAAAAGCAAAAAGAAAGGUUUCCUUUUCAAGGCUAAAAAGGCAGCGUUAAUAACUCCAACCCCUGUUGUACCCACCAUGCCCCGCUUAGUGGAAGAUGUAGUACCAGAUGACAGGGAUGACAUGGACAUCAUCCUCAAUACCACUACAUACUAUUACUCAGUACGAGUGUUUGCUGGACAGGAGCUAAGUGGCGUGUGGGUUGGCUGGAUAACACCUGACUAUCACCAGUACGACCCUCAUUUUGAUAUCAGCAAAGUCAGAAAUGUAACUGUCACUGUAGGUGAUGACAAAGGCAACAUUCAUGACAGUAUCAAACGCAGCAAUUGCUAUAUUGUAUGGGGAGGGGAGUUCAGUAGCUCCCAGCAGACCCGAGUCAGUCAGGAGGAUUUUGUGAUUGGCUGUCUCAUUGAUUUGGACACUGGACUAAUGACUUUCACUGGAAAUGGAAAAGAGAUCAAUACAUUUUAUCAGGUGGAGCCAACCACAAAAUUGUUUCCGGCUGUCUUUGUUCUGCCUUCCAGUCAGAAUAUGAUUCAGUUUGAUUUAGGCAAGCUCAAGAACAUCAUGCCGAUCUCAGCCGCAAUGUUUCGGAGUGAACGCAAAAAUCCAGUCCCCCAGUGUCCUCCUAGACUGGAUGUCCAGAUGUUAACUCCAGUUAUCUGGAGCCGAAUGCCCAACAACUUCCUAGCUCCAGAGAUGGGACGUGUUAGUGAGAGACUAGGCUGGAUGGUGGAGUGUACGGAGCCACUCACUAUGAUGGCCCUUCACAUCCCCGAGGAAAACAGGUGUAUUGACAUCUUGGAGCUGUCUGAACGGAUGGAUUUGCUGAAGUUCCACUACCAUACUCUGAAGCUAUACAGCUCAGUUUGUGCACUGGGAAACAACCGUGUGGCACAUGCUUUGUGCAGCCACGUGGAUGAAUCGCAGCUCUUUUACGCCAUAGAGAACACCUACCUACCUGGACCAAUGAGGAGUGGCUUUUAUGACCUGCUCAUCAGCAUGCACCUGGAGUCAGCUAAAAGGAAUCGUCUGGGGACCAACAAGGAAUUCAUAGUUCCAAUGACAGAAGAAACACGUAGUAUCACUCUGUACUCCGACAAGUCUCAUGCUUUACCUGGCGUCGGCCUAACUACAUGUCUACGUCCAAAACUUCAUUUCUCUUCUGUUGGGUUUGUGGGAACAGAUCAAGAUAUUUACACACUUAGUCCAGUCAUUCCCUUACUGGUGCUAAAGACCAAAGCUCUAAACAUGCUGACUGAGGCAGUGCAGGAUGGAGGUCAAGCCAUGAGAGAUCCUGUGGGAGGCAGUGUUGAGUUUCAUUUCGUUCCAAUCCUAAAGCUCAUCAGUACCCUUCUCAUAAUGGGUGUGUUUGAUGAUGAAGAUGUCACACACAUCCUAAAGAUGAUUGAGCCCACAGUCUUUAGAGGCAAGCAAGCGGAGGAGCCUGGUGAGGGGGAUGCCAAGGUGCAAGAAGAGAAGGACCUUCCCAAAGUAGCAGCGAUUAAAGAAGGGGAGCAGGAAGCCCUGGGGGAAGAAGAAGAGGAAUUUGAGGAUGAUGGGUUGGGUUAUGAAGAAGAAGAGGAAGAACUGGAGGAAGAAGAAGCAAUAGAGGAGGGUGAAUCUAUUGUGCCACAUGAGGAAACAGUGGUUGAGACAGACCCGGUAAAUGGUGAGAAAGGAGCUGAGGAAACAGAGAAAGAGGUGAAACCUUUAGAGACGGGCGGGGAGGGAAAAGAAGAACAUCUAGAGCAAGGACUUUUCCAGAUGAAGCUACCAGAGUCUGUGAAACUACAGAUGUGCACUCUGCUGCAGUAUUUCUGUGACUGUGAGCUACGUCAUAGAGUGGAGGCCAUCAUUGCAUUUUCCGACCAGUUUGUCAACCAGAUACAGUCCAACCAGAGGCAGCGCUACAAUGAACUCAUGCAGGCCUUCACCAUGAGUGCUGCCGAGACUGCUCGCAAGACCCGUGAAUUUCGUUCCCCACCACAGGAGCAAGUCAACAUGCUCAUGAACUUCAAGAACUCUAUUGAGGAUGAAGAGUCCCCAAUUCCUGAUGAAGUCCGCGAAUCUCUGGUUGCCUUUCACAAUGCUUUGCUGACUCAUUGUGGUGUUCACAUUGAAGAGGAGGAACAAGAGGAAGAAGUGGAUAAUUCUGUCCGUGGACGGCUCCUUCGAUUGCUGGAAAGGGUAAAAAAGUUUCGUGAGAAGAAGGAGGAGGUGGAGUCUGAGCCACAAGAAGACAAAAAACCAAGCACAUUGCAGGAGUUGAUUUCACAUACUAUGAUCCACUGGGCGCAGGAGUCUUUUAUCCAGAACCCUGAGCUCGUGCGUAUGAUGUUCAGCCUCCUUCACAGGCAGUAUGAUGGACUCGGUGAGCUCAUGCGUGCCCUUCCUAAGGCCUACACCAUCAAUGCAGUUUCCAUUCAGGACACCAUGGACCUCUUGGAGUGCUUGGGCCAGAUCCGCUCACUGCUUAUUGUCCAGAUGGGUCCAGAAGAGGAGAGACUUAUAAUUCAAAGCAUUGGGAACAUCAUGAGUAACAAAGUUUUCUAUCAGCACCCCAACUUGAUGCGAGCUCUGGGCAUGCAUGAAACUGUUAUGGAGGUCAUGGUCAAUGUACUUGGUGGUGGGGACUCAAAAGAGAUCAGAUUUCCUCGGGUGGUGACAAACUGCUGCCGUUUCCUCUGCUACUUCUGUCGCAUCAGUCGUCAAAAUCAGCGUUCCAUGUUUGACCAUCUCAGCUACCUUCUCCAGAACAGUGGCAUUGGCCUUGGAAUGCGUGGCUCCACCCCCUUGGAUGUGGCUGCAGCGUCUUGUAUUGACAAUAACGAGCUGGCAUUAGCUCUUCAAGAGCAGGAUCUUGAAAUGGUAGUGAAGUAUUUAGCCGGAUGUGGACUUCAGAGCUGUCCAAUGCUACUGGCUAAAGGAUAUCCUGACAUCGGCUGGAAUCCUUGUGGUGGAGAGAAAUAUCUUGACUUUCUUCGUUUUGCUGUUUUUGUCAAUGGAGAAAGUGUAGAGGAGAAUGCAAAUGUGGUGGUGCGCCUCCUCAUCCGUAGGCCUGAGUGCUUUGGUCCAGCCUUGAGAGGGGAGGGUGGCAAUGGACUCCUGGCUGCAAUUGAGGAGGCAAUCAAAAUAUCAGAGGACCCUGCAAGGGAUGGCCCUAGUGUUAAGAAAGAUAGACGCUUUCCCAUGUUUGGAGGAGAGGAACAGCACGAGGAGAACAGGGUUCACCUGGGAAAUGCCAUUAUGUCUUUUUACUCUGCUCUUAUUGACCUGCUGGGAAGAUGUGCUCCAGAGAUGCAUUUGAUCCAGGCUGGUAAAGGUGAGGCUCUCAGGAUCAGGGCCAUUCUGAGGUCUCUGGUCCCUAUAGAAGAUCUGGUGGGAGUCAUCAGUCUUCCUCUUCAGAUUCCAGCUUUUGGAAAAGACAACAGCGUUAUUGAACCAAAGAUGUCUGCUAGCUUUGUGCCAGAUCACAAGGCUCCCAUGGUGCUGUUCUUGGACAGAGUUUAUGGUAUUGACAACCAAGAUUUCCUUCUCCAUGUGCUGGAGGUGGGCUUUUUGCCUGACAUGAGAGCUGCUUCCUCCCUGGAUACGGUUGCUUUUAGCACCACUGAGAUGGCUUUGGCUUUGAACCGCUACCUCUGCUCAGCUGUGUUGCCACUCAUCACCAAGUGUGCCCCGCUCUUUGCUGGCAGUGAUCAUCGAGCCAUAAUGAUUGACUCCAUGUUGCACACAAUCUACAGGCUGUCUCGUGGACGAGCCUUCACAAAAGCCCAAAGAGAUAUUAUUGAAGAGUGCCUCAUGGCUCUGUGCAAGCAUCUACGUCCAUCUAUGCUUCAGCAUCUGCUAAGGCGGCUGGUAUUUGAUGUGCCCAUUCUCAAUGAGUAUGCCAAAAUGCCUCUAAAGCUUUUAACCAAUCACUAUGAGCGUUGUUGGAAAUAUUAUUGCCUCCCUAAUGGUUGGGCUAAUUUUGGAGUUGCAUCAGAAGAGGAGCUGCAUCUUACACGCAAACUGUUUUGGGGGAUCUUUGAAUCACUAGCUCACAAGAAAUUUGAUGCUGAAAUUUUCAAAAUUUCAAUGCCAUGCAUCUGCGCCAUUGCUGGAGCCAUUCCUCCUGACUAUGUAGAUGCCAGCUACUCCUCCAAGACAGAGAAAAAGGCAUCAGUAGAUGCAGAGGGAAACUUUGAUCCUAAACCUGUGGAUACAACAAACACUAUCAUCCCUGAGAGAUUGGAUCCCUUUAUUAACAGAUAUGCUGAAUACACUCAUGACAAAUGGGCCUUUGAAAAGAUUCAGAAUAACUGGUCAUACGGUGAGGCACUGGAUGAAAAUGCAAAAACCCACCCCAUGCUUAGACCGUACAAGACGUUCUCAGAGAAGGACAAAGAGAUCUACCGAUGGCCAAUUAAAGAGUCAAUCAAAGCCAUGAUUGCAUGGGAAUGGAACAUUGAGAAAGCUAGAGAGGAGGAAGAGUCAGAGAAGAAGAAGGCAACAUCACGAAAAAUCUCACAGACUGCACAGGCAACUUAUGAUCCAAGCCAUGGCUAUAGUCCACAGCCCAUUGAUAUCUCCCAUAUGGCUCUUUCGAGAGAUUUGCAGUCAAUGGCAGAACAACUGGCAGAAAAUUACCAUAACACCUGGGGAAGAAAGAAAAAGUUGGAGCUGCAAGCAAAAGGAGGUGGAACACAUCCUCUGCUCGUGCCCUACGAUACCCUGACAGCUAAAGAAAAGGCACGAGACAGAGAGAAGGCAUACGAGCUGCUGAAGUUCUUGCAGCUUAAUGGAUACGCUGUCACAAGAGGCCUUAAAGACAUGGAGUCGGACAUAUCAUCCAUUGAAAAGAGGUUUGCGUAUGGUUUCCUUCAGAAACUGCUGAAAUGGAUGGAAAUCGCACAGGAGUUCAUCGCACAUCUUGAGGCUGUGGUUAGCAGCGGACGAGUGGAAAAGUCUCCCCAUGAGCAGGAAAUCAAAUUCUUUGCCAAGAUCUUGAUGCCUCUAAUAAACCAGUAUUUCAAAAAUCACUGCCUCUACUUUUUGUCUACACCUGCAAAAGUCCUGGGUAGUGGCGGGCAUUCUUCCAAUAAGGAGAAGGAGAUGAUUGCAAGUAUCUUCUGUAAAAUGUCUGCUUUGGUGAGGCACAGAGUUUCUCUCUUUGGAACGGAUGCCCCAGCAAUUGUUAACUGUCUUCACAUUCUGGCUCGAUCACUGGAUGCAAGGACGGUAAUGAAGUCAGGACCUGAGAUUGUUAAAGCAGGGCUACGAUCGUUCUUUGAGAGUGCUGCUGAUGAUAUUGAGAAGAUGGUUGAAAAUCUCAAAUUGGGCAAAGUUUCGAAAGGCAAUCAGCAAGUGAAAGGCGUCUCUCAGAACAUCAACUACACCACCAUUGCACUGCUCCCAGUACUUACCUCCCUGUUUGAUCACAUUGCUCAGCACCAAUUUGGAGAUGAUGUCAUCUUGGAUGAUCUGCAGAUGUCAUGCUAUCGGAUCAUGUGCAGCAUCUACUCCCUGGGGACAGUGAAAAAUCUACAUGUUGAGAGGCAGAGGCCAGCUCUUGGAGAGUGUUUGGCACACCUUGCAGCAGCUAUGCCGGUGGCCUACUUAGAACCCCAUCUAAAUGAAUUUAAUGCUUUCUCUGUGUACACCACAAAGACUCCCAGAGAGAGAGCCAUCUUGGGCCUUCCCAAUGAGGUCCAGGAAUUAUGUCCAGACAUCCCAGAGCUGGAUACUCUGCUGAAGGAGAUUGGGGACUUGGCAGAGUCGGGGGCUCGUUACACUGAGAUGCCUCAUGUGAUUGAAAUUACUUUACCCAUGCUUUGUAACUACCUCAUUCGCUGGUGGGAGAGAGGACUUGAAAAUUUUCCUGAGAUGGAGGGCCGACUGUGCACCGAGGUCACGUCAGAACAACUUAAUCAGCUGCUAGGAAGCAUCAUGAAAAUUGUAGUGAACAACCUGGGAAUAGAUGAAGCCUCCUGGAUGAAGAGAUUGGCUGUGUUUUCACAGCCCAUUGUUAGCAGAGCAAAGCCAGAAAUGCUUAAGUCUCACUUCAUCCCAACUAUGGAGAAACUAAAGAAACGCACAUCAAAGGUGGUGGCUGAGGAGGACCAUUUAAGGAUGGAGGGAAAAUCAGAGGGAGAUGAGGAAGAUGGCACUAUACGUGAUGAGUUUGCUGUCCUCUGUAGAGACUUGUAUGCCCUUUACCCUCUACUUAUUCGCUAUGUGGACAAUAACAGAGCGAGGUGGCUGACAUGUCCUGACCCAGAUGCAGAAGAGCUCUUCCGAAUGGUUGGAGAAGUCUUUAUUUUCUGGUCCAAAUCUCAUAACUUCAAGCGAGAGGAACAAAACUUUGUGGUGAUGAAUGAGAUCAAUAACAUGUCAUUCCUCACCGCUGACAGCAAGAGUAAAAUGAGCAAGGGCGGGGACACAGAGGGUGGAGGCUCAGAUACUGAGCGUACCAAGAAGAAGAAACGGGGAGAUCGUUACUCAGUCCAGACCUCACUUAUUGUGGCUGCCUUGAAAAAGAUGCUCCCCAUAGGCCUAAACAUGUGCUCUCCUGCUGAUCAGGAGCUUAUCAACUUGGCCAAGAUCCGAUACUCUUUGAGAGACACAGAUGAAGAAGUAAGAGAGUUCCUGCAGAAUAACCUGCAUCUACAGGGCAAGGUGGACAACCCAUCCAUGCGCUGGCAGAUGGCGCUGUACAAGGAGAUGGCAGGGAAGGCUGAAGAUGCAGAUGCCCCACCGAAAGUUGUUAAGAGAGUGCAGGAGGUUUCUGCGGUCCUCUACCACCUUGAAAUGACGGAGCAUCCGUUUAAAUCCAAGAAGAUGGUGUGGCACAAACUGUUGUCCAAGCAACGACGCAGAGCUGUGGUCGCUUGCUUUAGGAUGACACCACUAUAUAACAUUCCAAGGCACAGAGCUUCAAACAUGUUCCUUGAGGGAUACAGGCGCAACUGGCUUCAUCCUGAAGGCUUCUCAUUUGAAGACAGAAUGAUAGACGACUUAUCUAAAGCAAUGGAGCAAGAGGAGGGAGAUGAGGAAGAGGAGAAGGAAACAAAGCCAGAUCCCCUUCAUCAGCUAAUUCUCCAUUUUAGUCGUACUGCUCUUACAGAGAAGAGUAAACUGGAUACUGAUCAUCUUUAUAUGGCAUAUGCUGAUAUUAUGGCAAAGAGUUGUCAUAUUGGUGAGGAAGAAGAAGGUGGAGAGGAAAUGGGGGAAAAUGCUGAGGAUGAGAUGUCCUUUGAGGAAAAAGAAAUGGAGAAACAAAGACUCUUGUACCAGCAGUCUAGACUGCAUAAUCGUGGCGCUGCAGAAAUGGUCCUGCAAAUGAUCAGUGCCUGCAAAGGUGAAACGGGCCCAAUGGUGUCUACAACCCUCAAGCUGGGUAUUUCUAUCCUUAACGGUGGGAACAGUGAGGUUCAGCGGAAAAUGCUGGAGUACUUAAAGGACAAGAAGGAUGUGGGCUUCUUUUUGAGUGUCCAGGCAUUGAUGCAGACUUGCUGUGUCCUGGAUCUAAAUGCCUUUGAGAGGCAGAACAAGGCAGAGGGGCUGGGCAUGGUUUCAGAGGAAGGCACCAACUUGAACCUAGAUCGGGAUGAGAAAGUGAUGUCAGAUGAUGAGUUCACCUGUGACCUCUUCCGUUUCCUGCAGUUGCUUUGUGAAGGUCACAAUAAUGAUUUUCAGAACUACUUGCGGACUCAAACAGGCAGCACAACUACCAUCAAUGUCAUCAUCUGUACAGUGGACUACCUUCUCCGUCUCCAGGAGUCUAUAAGUGACUUCUACUGGUAUUACUCUGGGAAGGAUGUCAUCGAUGACCCAGGCAAAAAAAAUUUCUCCAAAGCUAUGACAGUGGCAAAACAGAUUUUCAACAGUCUAACUGAAUAUAUCCAGGGUCCAUGCAACGGCAACCAACAGUCCCUAGCCCACAGCAGGCUGUGGGAUGCUAUUGUUGGCUUUCUUCAUGUCUUUGCCCACAUGAUGAUGAAGCUGGCACAGGGUAAAGACUCCAGCCAGAUUGGUCUGCUGAAGGAGCUUCUUGACCUACAGAAAGAUAUGGUUGUUAUGCUGCUGUCUUUAUUGGAGGGAAAUGUGGUAAAUGGUACAAUCGCUCGCCAGAUGGUAGACAUGUUGGUAGAGUCCUCCAGCAAUGUGGAGAUGAUACUCAAGUUCUUUGACAUGUUCCUCAAACUGAAAGAUAUCGUGGCCUCAGAUGCUUUCCGUGAUUAUGUGACAGAUCCUCGAGGGUUGAUCUCAAAGAAGGACUUCCAGAAGGCGAUGGACAGUCAAAAGCAGUACUCCCCCUCUGAGAUUCAGUUUCUUUUGUCCUGCUCAGAAGCAGAUGAAAAUGACAUGAUCAAUUAUGAAGAGUUUGCCAGUCGCUUCCAGGAACCCGCCAAAGACAUUGGCUUCAACAUUGCCGUGCUGCUCACCAAUCUGUCUGAGCACGUCCCUCAUGACACCAGGCUACAGAACUUCCUGGAACAAGCAGAGAGUGUGCUGAACUACUUCCGUCCGUUCUUGGGGCGUAUUGAAAUAAUGGGAGCCAGUAGAAAGAUUGAACGUAUCUACUUUGAAAUCAGUGAGGUUAACCGCAGACAGUGGGAGAUGCCUCAAGUAAGAGAGUCCAAACGGCAGUUCAUCUUUGAUGUCGUCAAUGAGGGUGGCGAAUCAGAGAAGAUGGAGAUGUUUGUCAAUUUCUGUGAAGACACCAUCUUUGAGAUGAAUAUAGCCUCACAAAUUUCAGAGCAGGAGGAAGAGGAAAAGGGGGAAGAAGAAGAUGAAGGGGAAGAGGGAGGAGGUGAGGGUGGAGGAGGUGGGGAAGGAAAUGGAGGAGGAGAUGAGGAUAGUAAUGGAAGGGAAGGUCCACAUGAAUCAACCUCUGCCUUUGUAGAUUUUAUAAACAGCCUGUUAAGCUUCCUCGGCAUUUUCACCUUCCGCAACCUUCGCAGACAGUAUCGUAGAGUGAGAAAAAUGACCUUCAAGGAGAUUGUAGUGGCCUUGUCCACUUUUUUCUGGACCAUACUGAUGACUAUACUACACUUCAUUUACAAUGUAUGCAAAGGUAUCUUUAUGAUCAUCUGGCAAACAUUGUUUGGAGGUGGCUUGGUAGAGGGAGCCAAAAAUAUCACAGUCACUGAGAUUUUAGCCAGCAUGCCAGAUCCCACCCAGGACGAUGUGCAUGGCGAUGGACCAGGGGAGCCAAGGACAGGGGAGGAACAGGACACUGGAGGUGUAACAGAUACUGGUGAGACUGGGAGUGGAGAGGAAGAAGAGGAGGAUACCCAAGAAAAAGAGGGUGGGAGGAUACCAGGAAUGGAUGGUCCAGGUGGACUUGGAGAUAUGGGUGUGGAGGCACCAGUUGAACCUCCAACUCCUGAAGGAACUCCCAUAACAAAGAGAAAAAUGGCACCAGAAGAGACUGAUGCUAGUCAGAAACCACCAGAACCUCCUCCCGUAGAAGAACCUCCUACGGAGCCUGAAAAGGCUGAUGCUGAAACUGGAGAGAAAACAGAGAAAGAAUGUGAGAGCAAAGAAGAAGUAGAACCAGAAAAACCAAAGAAAUCAGCAGCCAAAAAAGAAAAGAAGCUGAAAAAGGAUGGAGGUUUUCAAAUCUGGACUGAGCUGGAAACCCAAAGGAAUAAAUUUAUGAACUAUCUUUCCAGAAACUUCUACAACCUGCGUUUUUUGGCUCUGUUCCUUGCAUUUGCCCUGAACUUCAUUCUUCUUUUCUAUAAGGUGUCGGACAGCCCGCCUGAGGGUGAAGAGAUGGAAGGCUCUGGACUAUCUGAGGGAAGUGGGCUGUUUGAAGGGUCUGCGUUUUUUGAAGGCUCAGGCGAAGAGCUUGAAGGAUCCGGAAUUAAUGAUGGAGGAGAUGAAGAUGAGGAAGAUGUUCCAAUUUAUUUCUAUUUAGAGGAGAGCACUGGAUACAUGCAGCCUACUUUGUCCUUUCUUGCGAUCCUUCACACAGUCAUUUCAUUCAUCUGUAUCAUUGGCUACAACUGCCUGAAGAUUCCUCUGGUUAUUUUUAAAAGAGAGAAAGAACUUGCGAGAAAGCUGGAAUUUGAUGGCCUCUACAUCACUGAGCAACCUGAGGAUGAUGACAUCAAGGGCCAGUGGGACAGAUUAGUCCUGAAUACACCCUCUUUCCCAAACAACUACUGGGAUAAAUUUGUCAAGCGAAAGGUUCUGGAUAAAUACGGAGACAUUUAUGGAAGAGAAAGAAUUGCUGAGCUCCUGGGGGUUGAUUUAGCUUCCCUGGAUGUGAGUCAACAACAUGAGAAGAAACAGGAAGAACCAGAUAACUCUGUGUUUGCAUGGGUGACUUCUAUUGACAUCAAGUACCAGAUCUGGAAAUUUGGUGUGGUGUUCACAGAUGGUACUUUUCUUUAUCUCUGUUGGUACUUGGUGAUGUCUUUGUUUGGGCAUUACAACAACUUCUUCUUCGCCUGUCACUUGCUGGAUAUUGCGAUGGGUGUCAAGACUCUUCGCACUAUCCUGUCCUCAGUCACACACAAUGGCAAACAGCUCAUGAUGACAGUGGGCUUGCUGGCCGUGGUGGUGUAUCUUUACACCGUAGUUGCCUUCAAUUUCUUCCGCAAGUUUUACAACAAGAGUGAAGAUGAAGACGAACCAGAUAUGAAAUGUGACGAUAUGAUGACUUGUUAUCUGUUCCACAUGUAUGUGGGUGUCCGAGCAGGCGGAGGCAUUGGAGAUGAGAUUGAAGACCCAGCUGGAGAUGAAUACGAGCUUUAUCGAGUGGUCUUUGAUAUUACUUUCUUUUUCUUCGUCAUUGUUAUCCUGCUGGCCAUCAUUCAGGGUCUGAUCAUUGACGCCUUUGGAGAACUCAGAGACCAACAAGAGCAAGUCAAGGAAGACAUGGAGACGAAAUGCUUCAUAUGUGGCAUUGGAAGUGACUACUUUGAUACAACGCCACAUGGCUUUGAGACCCACACUUUUGAUGAACACAACCUGGCCAAUUACAUGUUCUUUUUAAUGUACCUCAUCAACAAAGAUGACACCGAGCACACCGGGCCGGAGUCAUAUGUGUGGAAGAUGUACCAGGAGCGCUGUUGGGACUUCUUCCCAGCUGGAGACUGUUUCAGAAAACAGUUUGAGGAUCAGCUCUCUUAAAAUAUUUCCUUCAAAUAUUUUACAAAUGAGGUUGUCAUGUCACUCAUAUCACAGCAAACUGGAAUUGUCUAGAAAAAUCAAGAAAAUCCUGUUUGUGAACUAUUAAGAUGACUAUUAAUAAAAACUUUAAUCAUUUCUAUGGAUAAUUAGGAAUAAGAAGGGAUAAUAAUUUGCCCUAGAAGGGAAAUUCAUGCCAGUCUUUUUUGUAAAGUUUAGUCAUUUAGCUACUUAUUUGUAAAGCUUUGCCUCAGACGCAAAUUUAGAGAAUUUAUGGAUUUUGCUCAUUAGUUUUCUAAUGUCACUCACAGUUAACCUGUUUCAAAGAAAGCAGCUUACCAGUUAAUGUGCAGUAACUCAAGCAGACUACCACACAUAUCACAAAUGCGUAUUAAUUGUACUUACAUACUAUUCAGUCUCAAUUGCUUUUGUGGUUGUGGCAUCAUUGGAACUUUAGCAUAUUUAUUUGUUAGAACAGCUGAUUUUUUCAGUUUUAAUUUCUUCACAUACUACAGUAUUUAUGUUGAAUUUUAUUUACUGUUUUUUUUCCUAAAUUAAUUUAAAAGUCUGGGAUAGUGAAAACAUUAGAGUACAUUACAUUAGGGUAAGCUUGACUGAAAUAUCACUAUUAGUUGAUCUUGGACUUGGCAUUAAACAGUAUGUGUAAUAAAGAUGAGUUUGAUCAGCGGUGA